AUGUGCACCUGUAUGGAGAGGGGUGGAGAGGGGUGGAGAGAGGGGUGGAGAGGGGUGGAGAGAGGGGUGGAGAGGGGUGGAGAGAGGGGUGGAGAGGGGUGGAGAGAGGGGUGGAGAGAGGUGGAGGGGGAUGGAGAGGUGAGUGCACAAGGAGGCCUGUGCAAGAAGGCAGAGGUUGCUGGUGACCGCCACAACCAGUACGGGCGAGUAUGGGCGCCAUUUCGUUCUCAGGGGGCACUCAUCUUCGCCCCCAGGGGCUUGGCUGACAAAAGGGAAGCACUCAAUGUCGAGUAUUGCCCCGACUCUCACCUCAUUACGAACAGCACCCCUGACUUGCUCACUCUCCGCCUUGCCCUCCUCCCAUCACUCCUGCACCUUGCUGUCUAUCUGCUCCCGCACCUCCCCCAUGCACCACCUGGUGUAGGCACCACCUGGUGUAGGAACCACCUGGUGUAG